AUCACAGCAUCACCAAGCAACAAUACAAUCCACAGAGGAUUACCUCUCAACUCAACCACUUUUGCAAUAAUCUCAACUCAAUAAGAUUCAUUUAGUGUAUCAUCACUAAGAUUUGAUUUCGAAUUCGAUCGAAAAUUCAAUCACCUUUACAACAACAACAAAAAAAACUUUUACCUUUUCAAACACUUCUCAAUAUGUCUGCUGCUGCCGCCGCCGCCACCCGCACUGCAGCCACCGCUGUUCGCAGACCUUUUUCCUUCUACACGCAAGUCCGAUCAAUGGGUCGUGCAUUUGAGCACGCCCCGUACGAGAGAUUUGCGGCUACCAUGAAGCCUCAAAGGCCAGACUAUGCCAAGAACCUUACUUGGACUGCUGGCAAGGUUGUCACUUAUUUCCCCAUCUUUGGUGCCAUGCUUGGCUGGCCCGUCCUCUGCAAAUGGGCUUUGGACGGACAGAUCGGCCGCCUGUAAGAGAUUCAUAAGGGCGACGGUAUAGAGUGGGACAGCAAAAGACAUAGAGAUGUCCAUCUUUCGACUGUAUAUAUACACUUCAGGCGUUUGGGUGGACUUUGGGUGCGAAGCAUAAUUCGGCGCAACACAGAAUAAUUCAAUUUGAUUCCUUUUGUUAAUUCAUUCAAACGCGUGCUUAC